UUACCCACUCACUCAAUCCACUUCCCACUUACUGCAUUCAUGAUGACGCUAAGUCUGUUACUGACUCAAACACUUCUUCCCUCACUCACUGCAUUCAUGAUGACGUUAAGUCUGUUACUGACUCAAACACUUCUUCCCUCACUCACUGCAUUCAUGAUGACGUUAAGUCUGUUACUGACUCAAACACUUCUUCCCUCACUCACUGCAUUCAUGAUGACGUUCAGUCUGUUACUGACUCAAACACUUCUUCCCUCACUCAAUGCAUUCAUGAUGACGUUAAGUCUGUUACUGACUCAAACACUUCUUUCCUCACUCACUGCAUUCAUGAUGACGUUAAGUCUGUUACUGACUCAAACACUUCUUCCCUCACUCACUGCAUUCAUGAUGACGUUAAGUCUGUUACUGACUCAAACACUUCUUCCCUCACUCACUGCAUUCAUGAUGACGUUCAGUCUGUUACUGACUCAAACACUUCUUCCCUCACUCAAUGCAUUCAUGAUGACGUUAAGUCUGUUACUGACUCAAACACUUCUUUCCUCACUCACUGCAUUCAUGAUGACGUUAAGUCUGUUACUGACUCAAACACUUCUUCCCUCACUCACUGCAUUCAUGAUGACGUUAAAACUGCGACUAACUCUUCCAUUCAAUUCUUGCAGACUUCCUGACCACGUGAGCACGGAAGAAGGAGCAUUGUUGGAGCCGCUGUCUGUCGCUGUUCACGCAUGUAACCGCGCCGAUGUCGGACUCGGACAUAAAGUCCUCAUCUGUGGAGCGGGUCCAAUUGGUCUGGUUAAUCUGCUCACUGCAAAGGCCAGAGGAGCAGCUGAAGUCUGUGUUACAGAUAUUGACCAAACUAGACUAGAUUUUGCUAAGAAACUUGGAGCAGAUUUUACUCUCAAGGUGACCAAAGACCCGAAAGAGACGGCUUUACAAGUGGAGGAAGUGUUUGGUCAGCCGGCUGACAUCACAAUAGAGUGCAGUGGGGCGCCAUCUAGUGUCAAAACUGCUAUUUUUGCCACCUGUUCUGGUGGGUGUGUUUUGCUAGUUGGAAUGGGACCAGCAGAAAUCCAGCUUCCGAUAGUGAACGCAGCUGUAAGAGAAGUGGACAUCAAGGGAUUGUUCCGAUAUGCAAAUUGCUACCCCACUGCUCUGGCCAUGAUUGCCUCAGGUAAAGUGGAUGUCAAGCCUCUUAUCACCCACCGCUUCAAACUGGAACAGACUCUGGAGGCCUUCAAAAUGGCCGAGAGUGGGAAAGGAGUUAAAGUUAUGAUUAACUGUGAAAGAAAAUAAACUAUUUCAAUCCAUGUAUUAAAAGAUUAAAAAGACUAUGCAUAAGCUUUUGUUUAUCAAAUAAACAAUAAUGAAACUAAAUUUGGUAAAUAUGUUCCGUUAAUUUGCCAUGUGGUGAAUUCAGAUAUCAUCUCAGUAGGUGAGAAUGAUAACAGCUCUAAAAGAGCUAUGAAUACUGACAUGCCUGCCAGUGGUGAGAUAUAUGGGAGGACAUAUAUUAUAAAGUAUUAGUGUUUUUAUACCAGUAAAUUCAUGUAAUUAGAUUUUAGUUAGUGCUUUAAACGUGAAGGGUACCCCUAAAAUUAGGAAGACAAUUUUUGUGUGGAACUUGUCAAGGACAUUUUAAUUUUGUCUGACGUGAGCAAUAUGAAGUCACUCUUUGUUUGAUUAAUAUUAAGGAUAAAGUGGUGUGGUCAUUAUAAUUCAUGAUAUAAAAUAUUGAUUGUCUUUGAAAUUAGAUUUGGUGGAAUGCAUUCUUCAUUAAUCAUUAUAUUGUAUCCAACCUAAACCCGUGACGGCAGCAGGUUCUCUCCGUCUCUCUCUCUCUUUCUCUGUCUCACUCUGUCCGUCUCUCUCUCUCUGUCUGUCUCUCUCUCUGUCUCUCUGUCUGUCUCUCUCUCAUGCCCCUGAAUACAGCUCAAAUCCAUCACUUAUUAAAUGAAUGCUGUUUCAUAUAACAUUUGACUGCUUCAAAUGCCUGAGAAAUUUGCCCAAUAUGUGUGUUCCAUGUAUUAAAGAUGUCCUACAUUGAUAUUGUCUAUACUUUUGUUACUGAAACUUUUUGAAUUUUGUAAUUUGGGAAAAAAUGGAUUACAUGUAUUUCAAAUUCUUAUAUUCAUAUGAAAUGAGUUGUUAUUAAUCAUAUUAGUGCAAUGAUGUUGAUCUAUGUAAAUGACAUUAUAAUAUAAUAAAAUAAUUAAAUGGUA